GACUCCCUCACACCUUUGCCAGGUUUCCCCAGUCAGUCUGUUCCCUGUGCUGAAAGGAGGAGGAGGUUACAACACUUCUUUAAAAAAAAAGUCUCUCACUGCAACGAAGCCCUCUAGUGACGAUGUCUGGAGAACGUCACAUGAAAGUCCUCAACGAAACAGACGAAGGAAGCCAUGCGCAGGACCUCGAUUCCGUGGCUGUGUCCCAGUGGCUGCAAAAAGCUAUGCUGAGAUCAUCGGAAGAAUUCAGGGAGUAUUGUGCGAUCGCGGGGCAGCUUCGUGCAGUCGACGUCGAGAAACUGGACGAGAAGGAGAGGCUGGCGUUCUUUAUCAACGUCUACAACGCCCUGACGGUGCACAGCCUGACGGAAAUCCAGGGCGAGAGGAGCGUCGACACCGCCCUCGACGUCCCCGCCUUCUGGAGUAGCCACGCCUACCGGAUCGGCCCCUUCGUCUGCUCUCUGGACGACGUCGAGCACGGGGUUCUCAGAGUGAACAAGGCCCACCCUAGCACCGGCCGACCCGUGAUGCUCGAGGACGACCCGAGACUCAAGUACCAGGUCUCGACACUUGAGCCUCGGAUACACUUCGCUCUCAACUGCGGCGCUAUGUCCUGCCCGAUGGUCCGCGUCUACAGCAGCAGCAACUUGGAGGAGGCUCUCGAGGGGGCUACGAGGUCCUACUUGACUCAGGAAGUGAAACUCGAGGACGACGUGGUGAGGCUUCCCGAGAUCCUCAGUUGGUAUCGAGAUGACUUCGCUCCCGACCAGAUGGGGAUGCUGAGAUGGAUCAGGACCUACCUGGAGGAGAAGCAGCAGCUCGCCCUCGACACUCUGAUGGCAACUGGAGGCUCAGCUGGUCCCAAGGUCGAGUUCUUCUACAACUGGUCCUUGAAUAAACUCUAACAAAGGUUGAAGGACCGGAUUUUUCUCUUUUUUCGUUUAUGGUUUAUAUGUAUUUUUUGAAGUGUUAA